AUGUCGUUUGCGGAAUCUAAUAACCAUCCUCGACGACCUAUUGCGGAUCCAUCAGAUUCAGAUACACUAACGUUAUCUCAACGGAGUGCUCACACCACCGUAGUUACUGCUUCAUCAUUAACUACUUUGGGGAACGGCAGCCGUGACAUAAUCGCAAACGCGUCUAAUAAUACUCCACUCCUAUGUAGCCGGCCCAGUGAACCAAGAAAUACAUCCGAAUCCGCGCCUACAACCCUUACAAAACCUACCAUCAACACUCAUCUACCCAGUCGUUCAUCUUCUCGUACCGGGACACUACUCAGUCCUUCAGCUGGUUCAUCCGGAGUACGACGGGUUGCUGCAUCACCUACAACCCCAACAUUCUUUGAAGAGGACUCGAGGGAAUGGGAGACUGAUCGCCGUGCUACACUUGUUCAGACGACUGACGCUCGACAAGGGAGUAGUUCGGCCUCAGCUUUUCCUGUUGGAUCUGUGCCAUCGUCCGGACGCUCAGUCGAAAAAAUAGACCAGUAUAUGUCAGUUCCGCAAGAGUCAUCUGCCAGAUCGGGCGCCAGCAUGCUGAACUCCAAGUCACUGCGCUCCGCCGCUGGGGAUUUUGUCGCUCCAAGAGCCGGUGUGUCAAACAUCGUCCUCAUCAAUGUCGCAGCUCCCUGGGGAAAGCCACAGACACGACCUCCCGGCCGACAUGAGGAAGUUGCUUCAGCAGAUCUCUCGUCAUCCAAAUCACAUAAUAUGAAUGACCCUGCACAUACAACGAUACUAACGACCUCUAAACCACCCUCUAAUUCCCGAACGCCCUCUCAUUCGAGUCCGCGUCCUACCCCGAAUUACAAACCUCCAUCGUCACGACCGUCAAUACCACAACAAGAUUCACAUCUGCCUUCUACCUCUUCAUAUCAUUCGGCGCGCCAGUCGUCGUCCUCAACUACCAUGUCAACCUCUUCUUCUUUACGGACGCCACACGUUCGCGCCGAAACUUUGCCUAAGUAUGAACACCCCUCACACCCCAACGCAUCCACUUUUGGAAGGACGGCCUCCGCAAAUAUCUUGUCGUCAAGACAAGCUUCUACGCCUAGUUCACGAUCCCUCUCUCUACCAUCCCUGUCCUCGACGACCACGUCAUCUUCACGUGGAGCCUCGGUGCCCUCUCAGACGCCGCCCACAUCAUUGCCCUCAUCUUCCGCUGCCAGCUCUCCCCAUUCCCGGAAAGCAUCUGGUGACUUGUUACCUAAUCACCCCCACGAGUCCCGUACGAAACCGACCUCGUCCUCUCCGGCGCUUGAUGCUAUUCCUCACAAACUUGCAUUGGACGACAUGAAACGUCUGUUAUCUAAACCUGCAUCUAUUCUAUCAGGUUCUGAUUCGGACGGCUACCGAUCACUGGGGCGCAGUGCAAACAGAGCCGGUACUCUGGUGAGCAGCGACGACGAUGCAGGCGGGGGUGGUUAUCGCAGUUCUCCGGGGCGGCUUAGUUCCCAGAUCAGGGAGCGACUCGGUGUCAGAGCAGGGACGACUUCUGAAGGGGAUGAAGAUCAUUCUUUUCUCAGUCUCGGUCAUACGUUGCCCCUACCGACUUCCACGGCGGUUAUGCAAAAUAAAUCUUCGACAGAUAAACGCGUAAAGAAUGUCUUGAAGAGGAGGCCAAGCAAUGGUGCUAAGGUGCCUAACCCUGCCAUAUUUCCCGCGUCGUAUACGGAGGCCAAACUGAAGCCACGAACUGGAAUGGCGUCGAGAUCAAAAUCUCUUUCUGCUAAUCCCCUACCGCGUCACCAGCCAGGUGGAGAGGGUGUAGAUACAUAUGGGUUAACACCCGCAGGGGCAGUAGCAAUGGCGUACAAGCAGCAACAGUUGGAAGAGCGGAAAAGACAGAAGCAAGAACAGGAAAAGCGCACAAAAGAGAAGGGCGUGUCUACACCUCCGUCCUCUUCGUCUGGGUCCUCCACUGACCAUGCUACACCGAAAGUCAGUAAUACCCCUGAAGCGAGUACAUCUCGUUUACCGGAUAAUACUGUAUCUUCUCCGCCGUCACCCCCUUCAGCGCCAUAUUACACUGUCAUCGGUUCGACUUCAGGAAAGGUAGUCGCUGUUGGUGGACCAGAGGACUCGUGGUCAGAGUAUAGUCUUGGCUCGCAGUUCGUCAAUGGGCUGGGCUCGGGCAUCGGUCAUCAUACCGCGAGCGUAUCUGUCGGUAAGCCUCGUGUGUCCAAGAGUCUGAGCAGGUCGCUAUCACGUAAACUGUCGGGGAGGUGGCGGAAAGGCAGUAUGGGGGUGCCAGACGAUGACAUGGAAUGGGAGAAAAUCGAGCUUCCAUCCGUUGACCGCGAACGUGAGCCAGAAUCGGAGUCAGGGCGGGGCCGUACCAGUUUGCAGGAGCGGAGAGGGCAUCGGAGACCUGUUUUAGAUGGUUCCAGGACUGAGGAAAUCAACAAGUCACUCCGAUUGUCGGUGGACACCCACAUAAGGCCCGUCGAUGGACCCAUUACCCCAGCCUCGAAGACGCCUAGGACAGCAAUUUCGGUGGCUAAUGACUCUUCUCCUGAUUCAGCAUUCAAUGAUGUACCUGGUUCACAGAAGUCUGAAACAAACUCUGAACCAGGCAGCGGAGGAGGCAAGAAGUUGUGGAAGCUGAUAAAGCGCAUUAGUACUGGUGGCUUGCGGGACAAAUUCAUGGAUUCGCCUUCAGGUUCUCCGUCAAGUAGCCCGCCGCCUGUUCCCGCGCUCCCUAAAGAUUAUGCUUCAAUGAACUACGGUCCCAAAUCAAUGGAUGGACACGGAAAUGCCCCCCAGACUGGAGCACUGUCGCGGUUCAUGCAAACCCGAACGUCGAUUUCCGGUGGCCGGCCAUCGCAAUCGCUUAAAAGCCCCGCGAUACGCCCUCCACAUCCUCUACCUACCAUUUCUUCCAAUUCGCCUAGAGGCUACAGACGGAGUAUAACAACACGUUCAUCUUCUCCAGGAUCUUCAGAUGUCGCGUCUUCAAAGUUUUUCCAACGGACGCAAUCUCAGCGAUCAUCGUCGUCAUCAUAUGGGGAUGAAGUCCCACCACCUGUUCCUGACACUGUUGUUGGUCAGCACAUCAUUCCUCCAGGCGAGCUAUACAAGUUGACCAAGAGCAUGCCUGCUGAAGGAGAUGAUUCCAAGCUUCGUCAUCGAAAGUCGCUGGGGAAGAUUACUCAGCACUCAGUACGUAGAUCAACCUCGUCACCGGAAAGCUGGAUACCUUCUGAAGAAUCUUUGCCGUCUUUACCGACACCUCCAAGAUCUGCAUGGAAACCACCAAACGACUCCGUCCGAGCUUCGCCUACAAUCCCAGAGUUCUCCACGUCAGCGCCUAUCAAUGCUUUCAUGGGUCGUGGACCAUCAGCUUCUGCGGAAUCCCCUACUGCUGGCGUCGAUUCCGAUUUGAAAACCACGCCUUCUCGACCUUCCCGUGGUCAACAUAGACCCAGCCCCAGUACGUCGAGAAUAUCGUCUCCUAUCAGAAAGCUGCCUUCCGUACCACGCUUCUCUUCACCACCACCUGUUCCCGACACCCUUACGAACCCGAAUCGUGCGUCAACUUCCUCACACGCGACAGCUCGACCUCGCUCCGUAGCAAAUACCUUUGCUACGUCGACAUCACCCACAGCUCAGUUCCGUGACCGAACAACGAUAAAACCUGCAUGGACUGAGCAAGAAAAGACAGAUAUGUGGAAUGACCUGUUGGAGAGGAGCGCCCGGGCAGGAGGUACGCUUCAUCUCAGAGGUGAUGAUGGCCUAGCAUCGGAUCAGUUGCGGUUCUCCGCCGCGACUGCGAGCGAUAGUGAGAUUGAAUGA